AUGGGAAAACUGUUUGCUAAUUCUUUAAGUAAUAUGCAAGGUACAACUCCAACAGUUGCUGAAACAGGAAGAUCAUCUAUUACACAAUCAUCUGGAAUGAAUAUAAUGUCUACUUUAAAAGCAUCAUUUCCUUUACUAGCUUUAGCAAUGGAGACUGUGGUUGAUCAAAUUCAACAACAUCUUAAGCCAAAUUCAGAUGGGGAUAUUUAUAGAUUGAUUGUUGCACUUUUAAAUGAUGAUGUUAAAGAUAUUAUUCGUAGUCCAAAGUAUCUUGGCGCUGAAUGCAUUUAUAUGAUGUUACGAGAACUAAAAUCCGAAUCAAAAAAUUGGUUGUCUUCUGUACGAAACCUUAUGAUAAAUUGCAAUAAAAACGACUCUUAUACAAAAACAAUUGAAAGUAUGCAAGUGGCUAUUGAAUAUUUAAAAGAAAAUCAGAUUCCACGACACAAAGCAAAAAUUGAUGAUUUAACAAAAACCACAUUUCAUGCUAUCCAUGAAAUUUUGGAAGAACGUAAUAUGCAAGGUACAACUCCAACAGUUGCUGAAACAGGAAGAUCAUCUAUUACACAAUCAUCUGGAAUGAAUAUAAUGUCUACUUUAAAAGCAUCAUUUCCUUUACUAGCUUUAGCAAUGGAGACUGUGGUUGAUCAAAUUCAACAACAUCUUAAGCCAAAUUCAGAUGGGGAUAUUUAUAGAUUGAUUGUUGCACUUUUAAAUGAUGGUUUACAGCAAUGCUUGACUGAACCAGAUGUAUAA